AUGGAGUCUGUUGGGAAGUUCGAGUUCAACAGGAAGCACCUGAUUGGUCACGGUGCCUUUGCCGUUGUGUUCAAAGGACGACACAAAGAGAAACGUGAUUGGGAAGUGGCUGUGAAGUGCAUCAACAAGAAAAAUCUUGCCAAAUCCCAUUCUCUACUCGCAAAAGAAAUAAAAAUAUUAAAGGAACUCGAGCAUGAGAAUAUAGUGAGACUAUUAGACUAUCAGGAGAUGGGUGGUUGUGUGUAUCUUGUUAUGGAGUAUUGCAAUGGAGGUGACCUGGCUGAGUACCUUCAAUCUAAAGGGACGUUAAGUGAAGAUACAAUCCGAGUUUUCUUACAGCAGAUUGCUCAGGCCAUGAAGGUUCUCCAGAGCAAAGGCAUCCUUCACAGAGACCUGAAACCCCAGAAUAUCUUGCUCUGCCACCCUAAGGGAAGAAGGCCCUGUUCUGUCAACAUUAGUGUUAAGAUAGCUGACUUUGGUUUUGCACGUUAUCUUCAGACAAAUACAAUGGCAGCAACACUUUGUGGCUCUCCCAUGUACAUGGCUCCUGAGGUUAUUAUGUCCCAUAAUUAUGAUGCCAAAGCUGAUCUGUGGAGCAUUGGGACCAUUAUCUACCAGUGUUUGACUGGAAAAGCACCAUUUCAUGCGAACACACCACAGGAGCUCCGCCUCUUCUAUGAAUGCAACAGGACCCUUGUACCAAGAAUACCAAAAGAGACUUCAAGUAACCUCAGACAGCUACUGUUGGGACUUCUUCAGAGAAACCACAAGGAUCGGAUGAGCUUCGAUGAGUUUUUCUAUCAUCCUUUCUUGGAAACAAACUCAAGAAAAUGCUCUCCAGCUCCCAUGUGCUUCUAUCCUGGUUCUGCUUCAGGGAGCUCAUCUAGCAGCUCUUCCACAUCCCAUCCAACCUCUCCUCAAGUGGGUACAUAUUAUUAUAGACAUAAAUGUCAGACUAAAUUGAAAUACUCUCAUGUACAAGACACUGUUGUCUUCCACUUGAAAGAUAUAGCCAGUCAAGACAGCGGGAACACUUCAUCCUACAGAGAAGACUAUGUUAUUGUACAUCCUGAGUUUCCCAAUGAGUACACUUGUGAAGAAGACAGUGGAUCACCCAUUGAAAGUUGCCUGAUAUACACUGGAAGCCCACUGAUGACUGACAGAGGUCUUGAAGCAGUUGGCAGGACACCUCCAUCCUCUCCCUUGCUGUCUUGUCAUGCAAAGACUUCUGGCCAUUCAGAGCCUAUUCCUGUCCCAACUCAGAUCCAGAACUACCAGCGUAUGGAGCAGAAUCUGCAACAUUCAGGCUCUCAAGGCUCCACCAGGGUCCAGUUGUGUUAUCCGGGCUUCAGUCAAAGUUCUUCACCAAGCAAAGAAUGUGGAUCUCAUGAUUCCCACACUGCCCCCUAUUCCUCAAGUCCAACUAGAAGAGGAGCCCAGGCACCCCAGUCCUCUCCAAAUGUGGGAACCACCCCAAGAUCCUCAGAGCAGACUCUACCUUGUAGUACAAGAACUGGGAGGCCCAUGGAGUUCUCAGAAAAGAGGGAUAUCACUACUGACAAGCUUGACAAUUCAGGCAGGGCAAUGUCAGACAGACAUAGACCUAGCCUCAUGUCUCCAUCCCACAUCAACCCCAGCAAUAAACCCUGCUACAAAAAGGGGCAAUUUAAAAGAUCACCAAACAUUGGGAAACUGUCUGAUGUUUUACUUAAAGCUGCAUUUGGAGCCCAACUUCUUGAAAGGAGAAGUCAUGAAACUCUCUGCUCUGAAAAUACCAUGGAUACUGCAGCGCCACCUACUGGCUACUUUACAGGAUUGGGUCUAUCGGGCAGCCCACCAAAUGCCGUCUUCUCCUUGGGUUCUCCAGCAAUAGGAAACACUCCACCUGAUACUAUGUUACCAAGGAUGCUGACAGGCUCUCCCAACUGUAUUAGCGCAGCCUUGUUACUCAACAGUCCCCUUCGUUAUCAAAGCUGUAGAAACAGGGAGACUGAAGCUAUGGAUGUUACUCCACACGGCAGUUUCGUCUUUCAUCCACCUGAGCUAUCUGAAGAUACACUAAUGGAGCAAGUCCAUACAGAUGUUCUCAGUGACCUCCAGUUCACGUUGGCUUUUGUGCAUUGUAUCAUGGAACUGGCUUCUUUAAAGGACCCUGUGCUGGAUCCCAUUGGAAGCUCUGGCGUUUCCUUUUUAGAACACAGUCUGUUGACAGAUCAAAUCAGCCUUUUAAGUCGAGAAUGGAGCUAUGCAGAACAAUUAAUGCUUUACAUGAAAGCAGCAGAGUCUCUGUCAACUGCUUUGCAAAACGCUAAAGAAAAUAUCCAGCAAGGUCGACUGCUUCCUUCAUCUACAGUCAAACAGGUAAUCAGGAAGCUGAAUGAGUUGUACAAGAGCUGCGUUACAUGCUGUCGCUCCCUGAGCAAUCAGCUGCAGAGUUUUUUGAUGGACAAGCAGAAGCUGAUGGAUCGCUUCAAUGGGCUUACAGCAGAGAAGCUCAUCUAUUGCCAUACAGUGCACAUGGUACAGUCUGCGGCUUUAGAUGAGAUGUUCCACUGUGGUACAGAAAUUGUACAACGCUACCAUAAAGCUCUUCUACUUCUGGAGGGUCUGUCCCAAUUUGUCUCAGAAGAAAAGGAUAUUAACAGUAUAGAAAGAUGCAAGCAAUGUAUUGAACGACGCAUAUCUGCUCUGCAAACUUAG